CCGCGUUGUUGUCAAUUCUUCAUAGUUUAAUGUUUGUGUUCAACUAAGGUGCAGUGUCAACUGUCAAUUUAGCCAAAUGGGCGUAUUUACAGCAAAAUGAAAUCUUCUCUAACAUUAAAAAAUCACUGAGUGCUUCAAAGCACAAAGAUGAACAUAAUGAGAAAACUGAGGGGCGGAGGGCCAUCGGCCCCCUCCGCGUCCACGUCGGACAUAUCGGAUACGACAUCAUCGUCAUCAACAGCACACAGCCAACUGGGACUGAUGCAUCUUAAAAAACUCUUCUCGGAGUACACCCAUCCCACACACCAGCUAACUGAUCAAGAGAGAGACGACAAGCUCUACAACAUGUUGCCGCUAUUUUGUAAAGUAUUUGGUUCUAGUCCAACAUGUGAUAUGAACGAAAAGUUCUGGGACAUACUGGCAUUCUGUCACCAAGUGUCAAUGCUUAUGGUGUGCGAAAUACGAAAAAGGGCGUCGAAUCAAAGCACAGAGGCGGCAAGUUGUGCCAUAGCAAAGUUCUUGGAAAUUGAAAAUUGCGAAGAAUCAAGCAACGGUUGGAUGUUACUGUCAACGUUAAAUUUAUUGGCUGCUGGCGAUGCCACACUGAUUCAAGUUAUGGCAGAGGUGGCUGUUCCGUCAACGCUGGUCAAGUGUUUGUAUUUGUUUUUCGAUUUGCCAGAAAUGUCCGAACAGGAGGCCAACUGUAAGGAUUCUAAUAGCGAUUUUACGCCUAGAGAAAGAAGAAUCCUGCUACAGAAAAUUUUUGUACAACUCUUGGUAAGGUUGUGCAAUCAUAGAAUUCCCGCUGAAGAACUAGCAAGAAAAGACGAUUUAACUUUGCUUUUUUCUGCAAUAACAUCUUGGUGUCCUGCGCACAACGUAAUGUGGCGAAAAAGUGCUGCAGAAGUUUUAAUGACAUUGUCAAGGCAUGGCCUCACGCCACCAGUUGUUGGAUAUAUUCAUUCUAAAACUUGUGUGGCUGUAUGUAUAGAUAAUAUGAAAAGAGUACCUGAAUUAGCCCCUUUAGAACUGGUGGAAAUGUUUGUGACAGUAUUUUGUUUUCUAAAAGAUUCUAGUGAAGUUUCAUCUACUUUGCUUGAUGAUUUUCGUCAAGCACAGGGUUAUCCAUUUCUUUCCGAAUUUUUACUAAAAUUGGAAUCCGAAAAGUCUAACGAAGCCCACGAAUCCAUACGAAAUUUAGUAUUAAUGGUUACCUCUCUUUGCAUGUGUGGUUAUUUAGAAAUGAAACCCUCUCAGGCAUCAACUGGAUCCUUAUUUCAAAUGCAGGGAUUUGUGCUACCUCAACCUUCAGGCAGGGGAACCAGUGUUAGAAAUAUACAAGCAUUUCAUGUUUUACAAAGCACUUUUCUUAAAUCAAACUCGUCUCUCCUAUGCUGCACAAUCCUCGAUGCUAUUUCAAGCAUUUACCAUUCAGACAAUGCCAAUUAUUUUAUACUUGAAAGUCACAAUACACUAAGCCAAUUUACUGAAAAGAUCCACCACAAGUCUUCUGAGAUUCAACAAAAGUUGUUUGAACUAAUCGAAUUUCUAGUUUUUCAAUUAAACUUCGUUCCUUGCAAGGAACUAAUAUCCAUGUCAAUUUUUCUAAAAACCCACAGUCUUAAUUACGUUGAAUGCAGUAUUUUGUGUAUGAAUAGUUUGAUACAUAUUCUUAAACAUAACGUUAUGUUUAAAGAUGUGUACAGAGAAGUUGGCAUGUUGGAAGUUUUUGUUACCUGCUUAAAUCGCUACGAAAAUUUUUUGGAUGAAAAGAAAGUUGCUAAUUCCAAAGGACAACAUUAUGUAAUGUCGCCUGGACAAGAAACCCUCGGAAGUUUAAUUUUGGAUGCGUUGACUCUCCUUUUACCGAAUAAUGGAGCCAACGCUACUGUUCUUAGAGAGUGUGGAGGUGCUAAAUGUGUCCAGGAUCUGGUUCUGUAUCCAGAAUGCCGAAAUGCAGCUCUGGGCAUUAUAAAAGAAUUGGCGUUAACUACCGGAGGAGACGAUGAUAUGGCGCAUUUGCUGAACACUUUACAUCAAGCAUCAUCCACAGAACUAUCAGUAAAAAUCGAUAUUUUGGAAGCUUUAAAACAAUGUCUAAAGGAAUCUCAUAGAACAAGAACUGUAUUUAGAAAAGUUAACGGGUUUGUCUAUGUUACAAGUGUUUUGGUAGCUCUCGAGGGUAAAUUUAGUCAAAAAGUAACAAACCCGGAAGUUAUAAAUCUUCUGUGUAUUGUAUUGCAAACAAUAUGUACCGCAAUGCGAUUCGAACCAGCCAAUGCCAAAUUUUUUUAUCAUGAAAUUUGUAAAACUAGCCUUUGCGAUACGCUUAGGCUUCUUGGAUGUUUUACAACCGAGAAAAUUUUAAAACUAAGUGAAAGUGAUUUUGAAACGCCGUCGAACAAACUGCAAGAAAAAUAUCAGAAGAUUUUUACUGGUUCUCCGCAUAAUAUAGCUUUUACAGAAGAAAUUUCGCCCGCUCUGACUUAUGCAACAGUGGUUUAUAAACUGUUGUAUGAUUUGGCACUAGAUUUGUUUGAUAAACCAAAUUCAGGAGCAAAUAUUUUUCUAAUUAAGUCCCCACCUUUAUCUAGAGAAAAUAGUGAACAUUAUGGUAAUAAUGCCGCAGAAGGCAGAAGAAGUAAUGUAAACUCUUUAAAUUUAAACCCACCAACUCCAGAUCCCAUAAUAGUUCACCCAGGAGUUGUAGUUUGUAUGCUUCAACUACUACCUUGCAUACAAGAUGAUAACUACGAAACGUUUUUAAGUUUGCAACUAUUUUUGGCCGAGAUUAUAAAGUCCUUAGUGCGAAGUGAACGCAACCAGCAACUGAUGUGUGACAGAGACUUCGUCGGUUAUCUACUGUCCAUCGGUUCAGCCCCUUUACAGAACGAAAAUCACCCUUUACACGGGCCUUUGCAAUACAUGCUAGAAAGACUUGCUGCUCAAGCUUUAGAACCUACCGAUCUAAGACAGUUUCUAAGAUUAGGCAAUCCACUUUGUUGCAUACCCUUGGAGUCAGACGAACCUGGAGGAGGCGCAGUACCUCUAACAAGGAUAAAAACGUUGGUCUCAAUGACAACCCCGAAAGAUUUUAGAGCACAAUCUUCCUGCACUCUUCCUCCUUUUGUCGAAUUCGACAUGUCUGCCGAGGGUUUUGGUUGUUUGUAUCUGCCGAGUAUAGCGCCACAAUCACCUUCCACGCCAAGUGUUGUUUCCACGGUGGACAGUAGCGUUUUGGGUGGAAUAGGAUCAGGAGACAGACUGUUUCCACCUCAGACUGGGCUAAGUUACUCCACGUGGGUUUGUGUCGAUAAGUUUUCGGACCCCAGAUCGGAUCCUCACUGCGUUAGGCUGCUCACUCUAGUCAGAAAUUUUAACAGCCAACGCGAAGAUCAUUUGGUUUGCCUGUCUGUAGUUUUAUCGGCCAGGGAUAAGGCUAUUAUUGUAUCCACUCAAGAAACACAUAUCCCUAACCAUGUAGGUGAUUGGGAACCUGAAGGCUCUGGAGAUAACGGGGCUCGGGUGUGGUGCCCAGAUAUUCUUCAAGAAGGACAGUGGCAUCAUAUCGUUGUAGUCUUGAAUAGGGCGGUAUUAAAAAAUUCAUCUUUUUCACUAUACCUUGACGGUCAGCAAAUUCAUGGUCAGAAAAUGCACUACAUAUCGCAAAAUCCUGGUGGUGCGUCAGCUAAUUUAAACGUUGCCUCCUCCGUUUACGGGUUUAUAGGAACCCCUCCCUCUUGGAGAAGAUAUUCCAGAUUAUGUUGGAAACAGGGUCCGUGUCAUUUGUUCGAAGAAGUUCUAACACCUGUGAUAGUCUCAAAGAUGUACAGUCUGGGGCCGCAUUAUAUGGGAUCUUUUCUUGCCCCAAAUCUAAAUACGGAAAUUAGUCAAAUGGUUACAGAAGAAAAAGUUGUUUUUGGCCUAAACGCCAAGGCUGUAUCGCAAUUAACUUUAAACAAGAUACGCAAGGUUUAUAGUAGAAUUGAUAAUAAAUCAAUUGCAAAACAAUUAGGUAUGUCCAGUCAUGAAAGUGCAACGCCCAUAAGAAUAUUACACAAUUCGUCUGGGCAUUUAGCUGGUUCAGCAAGAACCCUAGGGGGAGUCGUUAUUGGAUACUUGGGAGUGCGUGUGUUUUGUCCAAGGCCUGUUGCCACAAUUAUAGACACUGUUGGAGGGUGUUCGGUUCUAUUGGGUGUUAUCGCCAUGGCGCAAGAUGUGGAAAGUCUUUAUGCAGGCGUUAAAGCGUUAGUGUGCGUGGUGAGAAGCAACAAAGUAGCCCAAGCAGAAAUGGAUAGAAAACGAGGAUACCAAACUUUGGCCAUGUUGUUAAGGAGAAAAAGAACUCUACUUAAUUCUCAUAUCUUACAUUUAGCAUUUAGCCUUGUUGGAACAGUCGAUAGCGGACGAGAAUCCUCAGCCAUUCCAAAUAAAACAGCUUUUCAGGAUCUUUUGUGCGACCUUGAGGUAUGGCAUGAAGCCCCAGGCGAAUUGCUACGUUCCCAUCUCGAACACCUUUACGAAUUAGCGGCCGAAUCAAGCGAGAAGAAAAAUAAUUUAUGGAUAAUGCGGGAACUUCAGUUAGUCGAGAAACUUUUGCAUAUAACUGUCGAAAUAAGGCAUUCAGCAACCCGACAUAUUUUAUUCAGUCUUCUUUCUGUUUUGCUUGGUGGUCAACCCAGACAAAAUGAUCUGCUUCUUUUCGGUCAGUUUCUGGUAUCUACCUUGCCUGCGGCAUCAAAUAUAAAUGAAAAACUAUUGAAUUUACGUGAAGGAGAUAGCGAGAGAGAAGGUGAAGGAGAACAUAUUCUUUUAAGAAACAGAUGUCUGCAAUUAUUACACUCCAUGGUUUUUUCCAGUAGAAAUACUGUUGGGGACGAAAUAUCAAGAACACUAGGUUUUGAUUGGCUACUACUUUUUAUGCAACAAAAUAUACAUUCUUCUACAGUAUUAUGGGCGGUCAGGAUAUUGGUUGCCAUUUGUUCUAGUCCUACUUUAAUGUUAAGAUUCAGGGAAGGCAGUAUCAACGGUGGAUGGCUAAGGUACACUGAACAGGUUACUCACAAUAAAAUGGCAGUUGUUUUGGGUUGUCAAAUGAACAGUACCCAUGGCAACGAUAUGAAAUCUGAAGCUCUAAAUAUAUCAGGAUUUCAGUACUUGGGUUGGUUACUGCCGUCGCAUUUAGAAAUACCUGAAAUUUACUAUUUGCUCACAGCUAUGAUGAUGGGACAGCCAGCAAAACUAUUGCCCGCAGAAACUAAGUUUGAUCUAGAUACCCUUUGGGCUUUUUUGUGGGGCAGCUCUAUAAAUAAUCAACCGAUAAAUAGCGUAUCACCGAAAAUAAAUUUAUGCCCUGAGGCAGUCGUAGUUUUGUUGGGCAUGGCUCGAGCUAUGUUGCACUCGGAACAGAAUACUUUACCGAAUUGGUUGCAUAAUCAUACAAUAUCAAUAGUUCAAGUUUUGUUUCAAUUGUAUCACAAUAUGCCUGAAAUUAUGCCCAUAUUUAUGUCUGCUGAAGUUCUAACGGCAUUGGCCAGUGUUCUGUUUCCCCCUCACUUAACUUCAAUGGACAGUACUGACAGUAGUGGCGCUUCAACCCCUGCAUGCGAAGAAAAUGAAGGCCUGAUGAUGGUUACCCAUCAAAUGGAAGAAGAAAACCUAACACAACACCCAGCUAGACAAUUUAUUAUCGAUUUUAUUCGUGUGAUUGUGGUGGAUUCUUUAAGCUUGGCAAACACUGGUAAAACAUCGCCAGUGAUUGACCUGGCAUUGGAUGCAUUCCCUGAAAACUCCACAUCAUCUCAACAAACGUGUUAUCAAACUGAAAUUCUAGUCACAUUAAUGGAUCACUUGUUGGCCGCUGACAUGCUUGUGGGGGAUCAAGCGGCCAUUCCCAUAGUGCCAUUAAACAAUGCUCAUAUUCAACACGUGGCGCCCAAUGUUUUCUACUUGACGGCGAGAAUUGUUGAUAAAUUAUGGCAGGGAUCGCUUACUAAAGAUCCGCACGAAGUUUUCGAUUUUAUAGUGAAAUUGAUCGGGCAGGCUAAAAGGAGAACAGGAAAUUUAUCCUUGGAAUGCCUUUACCACUGCUUAAAUCGCAGCAUAUUGUAUUUGCUAAGCCGACCUACGGAUUCUAUAGCCGAUCAGAUGUCUGUUUUAGAGGCGCUACAUAAACUCACAACCAACAGGUUGAUAGUUUUUGGUGCUGGAAACCACGAAUUAGACUUCAUUGGUUGUCUUACUUAUUGUCUACUUCAACUUACAGCCGAUAUGAAGAUAAUGUUGGAUUCCAACAUGAGAACAACUUGGCACGUGAAUCCAAGCAGCGAUUUGGAAUCGAGAGAUGAACACUUAAAUACUCACCAGGGAAGGAACCUUAUGGCCGGUGCAGCCUUACGCGUAUGGGAGGAGUUGUACGUGUGCAAAAAACCAGCUAUUGAAGAGGCGUUUAAGGUCACCUUUGCAGCUCCAACAAGCUCUAAAGCACCAGAUUUGGCAACGGUUCGAGACCAAGUGUUUGAAGCGGCUACCAAGCUGUGGUUAAAUUAUGUCGAUGGUGAAAGGAAGGCCAGUUACCGAGUACCUUGGGAGUUACACAACCAAAUUCAAUCUAAAAUUCAUAAAGUUACAGGGGGAUUAACCAGAUUAGCCAGUAGAACAAAAGUGAGAAAAGAUGACACCAUGCGACCAAAGAUUAGGAUUGGUAAAAAACAGGCUUUAACGUGGAUGAUUACGCACGUAAACAUUUUAAAAGAGCUAGUCGAUAUGCGUAGACAACAACAUUUAAACACAACCCAACACACACAACGCUAUGUUCAUCAAGAAUGGUUGCAGACUGAAAAUGAACUGACCAGGGAACGCGGACUUUGGGGACCUCCAUUACCAUGUCAUUUGGAUAAAUGGAUGUUAGAUAUGACUGAAGGGCCCCACCGAAUGCGCAAAAAGGCCAUGAAAAACGAAUUAUUCUAUUCACACUAUCCUUAUAGACCUGAUCAUGAAAAAGGGUUGCUCAAAUAUAAAGUAGCUACAAGUUAUCACAGCAAAAACCACUUCCAAGCCCAUCAAAAAAGGCAGUUAUGCGGAGUAAGUGAAAUGAGUACACACGAACCUCUGGAAAGAAGUGAUAGUAUUGCGGAUGAGCCUUCGCCAUUACCCAUAACUGCCUUGCCUUCCUUAGCAAGACUUAAGUCUGAACCAGAGGAUCAACAAGAAGAAAACGAUGUUGAAGAAGAACAACAAACACCUCAACCGGACAAUCAAACUCUCUUGAGAUUAUUAGAAGAUAACGAAAAAAUUACAUAUAUGUUUAGAUGUGCCAGAAUACAGGGUUUAGAUACCACUGAGGGCCUUUUAUUAUUUGGCCAUGAACACUGCUACGUAGUGGAUGGUUUUACUUUACUUAAAAAUCGCGAAAUAAGAGAUAUAGAAAGUGUUCCUACAAAUAACACAAACGAAUACGAGCCAAUUUUGCCCAAUCCUGGAUCGCCAAGAAGAUCAAGGGCAAUGAGACAAUGUUCUAGAUUUGCUUACGACGAUAUAAGAGAAGUCCACAAACGGCGAUACCUUCUGCAGCCUAUGGCUUUGGAGGUAUUCUCUGGAGAUGGCAGAAACUAUUUGCUUGCUUUUCCAAGAAAAGUGCGAAAUAAAGUUUAUCAACGAUUUAUGGCUACAGCUACUGGUAUUGCAGAUAGUGCUCAACAAUCGGUUGCUGGUCAGAAAAAAACAGCUAAUGUGGAACAAGCUACGAGUUUACUGAGCAAUCUUAUUGGCGAAACGAGCGUCACUCAGAGAUGGGUGAGAGGAGAAAUAUCGAAUUUUCAGUACCUGAUGUACCUAAAUACUCUUGCUGGUAGGUCUUACAAUGAUCUCAUGCAAUAUCCAGUGUUUCCUUGGAUUUUAUCAGAUUAUGAUUCUGAGGAGUUGGAUUUAACCGAUCCCAGCACUUUUAGAGAUUUUACAAGACCCAUGGGAGCACAAAGUCCGGACAGACUGGAGCAAUUUAAAAAGAGAUUCAAGGAAUGGGAUGAUCCACACGGUGAAACCCCACCCUACCAUUACGGAACCCAUUAUUCCAGCGCUAUGAUAGUAUGUUCAUAUUUGGUGAGAAUGGAACCAUUUACUCAACAUUUUCUGAGACUGCAAGGCGGGCAUUUCGAUCUGGCCGAUCGUAUGUUUCAUUCCGUCAAAGAAGCAUGGUUUUCUGCUUCAAAGCACAACAUGGCCGAUGUUAAAGAACUCAUACCUGAAUUUUUCUAUCUUCCGGAAUUUUUGGACAACUCAAACAUGUUUGAUUUUGGCGCUAAGCAAAGCGGAGUAGCGCUAGGCGAUGUCGUGUUGCCACCGUGGGCUAAACAAGACACCAGAGAGUUUAUUAGGGUGCAUCGAAUGGCUUUGGAGUGCGAUUAUGUAUCACAGAAUCUUCAUCAUUGGAUUGAUUUAAUUUUUGGCUACAAGCAACAAGGCCAGUCUGCUGUGGAUGCCGUUAAUGUUUUCCAUCAUUUGUUCUACGAAGGAAACGUUGAUAUUUACAAUAUUGAUGAUCCUUUGAAGAAAAAUGCAACCAUUGGAUUUAUUAAUAAUUUUGGACAAAUUCCCAAACAACUGUUUAAAAAGCCACACCCCAGCAAAAGAAUGGGCGGAAACAAUAAUCGUUCUUCUGUAAUUGAUACUGGUGCACUAGUUCAAGCGUUUACUUUGCCUCAACCGGAAAAACUAUUCUUCCAUCAUUUAGAUAACUUAAAACCAUCACUUCAACCUAUAAAAGAAGUCAAAGGUCCGGUCGGUCAAAUUUUGCACGUGGAUAAAGCAGUAUUAGCUGUCGAACAAAAUAAAGUUCUUAUGCCGCCCCAGUUUAACAAAUAUGUUGCCUGGGGCUUUGCUGACCAUUCCUUGCGAAUAGGGAAUUACGACAGUGAUAAGGCAGUAUUUGUAUCUGAGAGCGUGAUUCAAAAUCACGGCGAAAUAUUGGCCUGUGUAUGUCCGUCUCCGAAAUUCAUCAUCACAGCUGGCAACAGCUCGGUGGUGACUGUAUGGGAAUACGAGGCGAGGAAAAAAUCUCUCAGCAUAAAACACAGUUUAUAUGCUCAUACGGAAGCCGUAACGUGCUUGGCAUCCAGCCCUGCUUACAACGUUAUAGUAUCUGGAUCUCGUGAUUGCAGCGCUAUUAUUUGGGAUUUAUCUCGGGGAGUUUUCGUAAGGCAGCUACGUGGUCAUGCUGGACCCGUAGCUGCGGUGGCAGUUAACGAUUUAACUGGCGAUAUUGCCACUUGCGCAGCUACUUGGCUACACGUUUGGAGCAUAAAUGGAGACGAGCUGGCCAGUGUGAAUACUUGCGUGGGAAGAGCCGAUAGGAUGCAACAAAUUUUAUGCGUGGCAUUUUCUCAAACGCACGAAUGGGAUUCCACCAAUGUUAUCAUGACAGGAUCUACAGACGGUGUUACAAGAAUGUGGUCAAUUGACUAUGUUCAAGUCCCAGAUGAAGAUACAAAAGAGACCAAAUCCAACGAACCUGUAAAACACGCACCAAUUCAUCACAGAUUGAUCAAACAAAUCAAUAUUUCCAUUGAAUCUACGGGAUUGAUGAAAUCAGGUUCAGAGAGUAGUUUAUCCGAGGACAAUAAUCAUAGCAGAUCUCCUAUCGACAAACAACGUUCAGAUGAAAUACCAAGCACCAAAGAGUGGAGAAGUGAACUGCAAGAAGAAAAAGAAACUUGUAGCGAUACCGAGGAGCAAGUGUUGGUUGCUCCGAUUCCUGCUGUUAGAAGAAGGCGGUCCAGAGUUCAUGCAGGGUUUAGAAAAAGUGAAGGCGGCAACAGCGCAGACAAUACUAGUUUAGAUGUGGACGAUAAUGCUGCUAUGAGAACCAGUAAAUCCGAUACAAGCCUAACAGAUUCUUUUGUGAUGGUUUCUGAUGCCAAAAAGAAAGUUAACACCUUGAAUGCUUUAAGACCAGGGUUUAAAUGGCAAAGACAAUUGGUAUUCAGAAGCAAGCUCACAAUGCAUACUGCAUUUGACAGAAAAGACAAUGCAGAACCAGCUUCCAUUACAGCAUUAGCAGUCUCAAAGGAUCACAGAAGCGUAUUCGUGGGCGACACUAGGGGCAGAGUGUUUUCUUGGAGCGUGUGCGACGUACCGGGUCGCGCUGCCGACCAUUGGCUCAAGGACGAAGGGGCUGACGUUUGCCACAGUUGCGCGAUAAAGUUUACAAUCUACGAGCGACGUCAUCACUGUCGAAACUGCGGCCAAGUGUUUUGCUCGCGAUGCAGCAAAUUCGAAAGCGAGAUAUCGCGACUGCGCAUACUCAAGCCGGUGCGCGUUUGUCAGAAGUGCUACGCGACGCUAAAAUCAAACUAGUCGCACAAAAUAUCCCAAGAGUGUUUGUUAUUUAUCUAAUGUUAAUUAUGAAUAGAGAUUUAUAUAAGUUGGGACAACCAUAUGCGAGAUGAGACAAUAUUUUGUAUACAAGAUUUAGGUCAUUUUAAAUUUUGCAAAGGAAUAUUUACUAUACAUCUGUAUUUUAGUAUGAAUAUGAUGGAGCAAAAGUCUCAUCUCUAUUUAUUGUUUCGUAAUUUUCUACUGUAGCCAUUAAGUUGUCCUGCUUUAGAAUUGUGUAUAAAAUAAAAAAAUAUCUGUAUUAAUAAUUGUUACCAGGUAGAGGCAACGAUAAUAAUGCAUAAUGAUAGCAUAGUAGAUAAUAGUAAUAAAUAAAUGUUUAUAGAAAUCCACUGUAAAUUUAGUACAGUAUUAUCAAGAAUACUUUUAACAUUGAAUG